CCUGUAUCAACCUGAUUUGUCUUCGUAGUAUGUUUAUAUAAUUUUUCAUAAAAUAAAUAAGAAUAAUGGAUAAUUUUCUGUUGUAAAGGAAACAAUGAAGAAAUCUGAAGUCGCUGAAAAGGUCAAAGAAAUAAAAUUGAGGCAGCAGAACUGGUUGAAGCAGCGAAAGGAAGAAAAACAAAGUGAAGCUGGAGCACCUGUCAAACAAAGUCCUGAAGACAAAUCUGCACACGGUGUCAAAUCAUCAAGUUACAAAAGAAAAGAUUCCGAAAACAGCAGCAGCACAAGGAAAUAUAUUCAGACUAGAAAUGUUACUAUCCCUGGCUCUACCUCCCAACCACCACGAGAAAUAAACAAUGUUGCCAGUGAUAGAAAAGACUGCAGCAAUAAAUUCAAAAGUUGGCUUCAGACACGGACAUCGAAAGAUGAUACAAGUGUUCAAAGUAAGACCUAUAAAAUAACACCUGCCAAAAGCAGAGAUGCUGCAGGAAGAAAAGUGACCACCGAUGUUGGAUCAGCAUCUAGUGGUAAAUUACUGAAUCUACAGACUUUCACCCAAACGGCAGACAGAGGGCAGCACAGUCAGCUUAUCUCCCCUGAACAGUUUAAUGAUCUGGCUGACAAGAUUGUUAGCAAAGUGAAAACUGAUUUAUGUAUUUCUCAAACAAGAUGGUCAGGAGAAGGAGAUCAAAUGGAGAAGGUGUCAGAUGAUGCACAUGCUGAUACUGGUGAUCAUUUAGAUAGGACUUUAUCCAGCCAUCAUUGUGGUGUUUGCUCAAAACAUAUGAUCAGCACAGAAACCAUGCCCAUGUUGCUGAUCCCGUGUGGUCACAAUGUGUGUAAGAGCUGUUCUCAGGGAAAGUCUGUGUGUCCCGUCUGCCACUGUUCCGUGACCUUCAGCAUUAACAUCAUGCUGCAGCAGAUCAUCCAGGAGUACCAGGGCCGGGUGAGAAGUCUGGGCUCCAGGAAGCAGACCAACCAGUCGUCAUAUUCUCCUCACAAAUACACCGAGACCAAAGGUAUGAGCUACCAUGACAAGCUACAGACUCUGCUCACCAGACUGGAGGUGCUGAAUGAAGAAAAGGACAGCGAGAUGUCUAACUAUACCGGACUAACAGCCGAUCUCGGCAAGCAGGAACAGCAGCUUGAAAACAUCAGUCGGCAGGAAGCUAGUAUCUGCAGACAGAUAUCAUCGUUACAAGAAAAGCUAGCCAUAUUGCAGCAGCACAAAUCCGAGUACCAAGUACAGUGUAGCCAGGUGAAGCAAGAUAAAGAGGAAGUGAGAAAACGGGUCGCCAUGUUGGAAGAUACCAUAGAUUCCCUGUGUGCUGAAAUUGAUAAGGUGCGCUUGCUGAGUGAAGGUUCUCGUAUGUAGCAGCAGAUGGCUGACAUGUUGUGCACCAAAACAACUCAUUGCAGUGAGCAGGCAGCAGAGAGCAUACACCAACCAGGAACUAGUGUUGCUGCAUUCAUCCAUCCAUCCAUCCAGUAACCAGGAACCAGUGUCGGUGCAUUCAUCCAUCCAUCCAUUCAUCCACCUACUAGGUAUCGGUGUCACUGCAUUCAUCCAUUCAUCCAUCGACCAACCAGAUACGAGGUGGAAAUAUAACCUAAAUCCUAAAUCAUUACAUAUUAUUAGCAGAGAAUGCAGAAUUGUGUAAAAGAAUUCUUUUAACUUGUCAUCACAAGAUAAUAUAUGUGGUAACAUACGGAUAUUUCGACAGUUGGUUCACAACAUAAUGUAUUGUUAGAACCAACAUCCAUGACAUAUUUUGUAAUCUUGUAAUGUUUGUUGUCAGGAGAAAAUGUAGAGUUGUAAUCAACAUCCAGCUAUCAUAAGAAAAUGGAGAAUAAACAUUCAAAAGCAAAAUUGGAGGAUUGUAAAUACACCAUUCACCUUUCAUCAACCACCAUUUGCUGUGAGAAAAUCUGUUUUGUAACUGGCCAUUUGUUAACAAAAAUGUAGACGGCCAUCAAUUACAGUUAUCUUCCCAAAAUUUGGGAGCCAUGUCAUGACCAAUUCCAGAAAUACAUCUGCAGAACCUGUCUCUGACUAUGAUUAUUUUGUGACAAACAGCUUUGUGGAGGCAGUUAUUAGACUGAAGUUGAUAGCGGAGAGCAUGUAACUUGCAAACAUGUGUAACUUAACAGUGAAGACUUCUUUUGUGGGGGAUGGGAUUUAGCUCAGUCAGUUGAGUUCUCGCCUGAGGUGCUUGCAUCACAGGAUCGAACCACCUCAGUGGAUCCAUCGAACUGAUUGUUUUUUCUCAUUCCAACCAGUGUACCACAACUGGUC